AUGGCAGUCCGAAGCACUAUCAAGACGCACGUAGUUGGUGCUCAAUCAGAGAGGGAAAAACUUGACGUUUUUGGUUUGUUUUGGAUUUUUCUUGAGAUUCUGUCACUUGCUCAAUGCUGGGUGCUUUAUCACAUUUGGAGCAUGAAAACUGCUGUCAUCGAGCGUUGCGUGGAAAGCAAAGUUCUGAUUCAAACUGCAAAAUUUGUGCUUCGGGUGUUGAAAGCAAUUCCACUCAUCGGUGGACCAAUUGCACACAUUUUUGAUCGUUUGUGUAUUUUUAUCAGAUUGAAGCUUAUGCCCUUCAUGAUAAGAAAAAAGCAGACGCUAGAAAAGCUUUUCAGGAUAUGCCUCAUCGAUACAACGCUCCGCAAUCGAAAUGUGAAAUUCAUUCUUACAGGUGAUCCCUUGGACAUCACAGGAACUUCCACUUCGAUAAUCAUUGCCAAUCACCGCUCUAUAAUGGAUUACGCCUUGAUAGAUUUUCUUGUACAUGGAGAACACGGCCCAGAUUUGAAGCAAUACCUUGGCCACGCAUUUUUCAACCAUGGUAAUUAUCCAACGGCAUCAAAACUCAGAUUUGUAGGUUGGGGUCGUCUGACCGGGGUACCGUCUAUCAAGUUUUUUGCCAGUAUUCUGCUCAGGGACGAAAAUGCCACGGUACGCAGUAGCGACAUAGAAAGAGUCCUUAUGAGAGAGGGCAAUGAAUGUUUAGCUUUGUUUCCCGAAGUUAAUGUAAUAACUUCCGAGUUACGUCUCGUGCAGAGGAAGCUAGCUAAAGAAAGCUACUUGCCGCAGCUCGAUAACGUUUUAUACCCCAGAUUCAAGAAUUUCAAUUCUACCGUUAGCUGUCUUGCCCGUCUACAACAUAUUGAUAGAUCUCGAAAAGCACGCUAUUUCAAAAAAGCGGCACAUAAGACAGGUUCCAUGAUUCUGAAAGUGCGCAGUUCCAGAGGACAUCCUAGCGCCAAACAGAUGGCCCAAAUAAACCUUUUCUUAGGUGACGAGAAUUUAGCCGAUGCUACAGUGACGGCAAAGCCGAAGCCAAAUACCAACAAAGUUCCCAUCAUCGUAAGCCCAUUUCUUUGGGAUAUCGCCAUCGUAUACUACCGUGCAACAUAUUUUUGUCAGAAUGAACAUGCCCACAUUCGUGACAUGCAGGUUCAUGCCGUGACCGACAAAAAAAAUCAUUAUCAGCUCCAGCAAAUAACUCCUUCGCUUUUCCAGUUCCUGAAAUGUCCUUGGGGCGAUAGUCCUAUCUUCGUUCGAGUACACGUCAAUAAGGUUGCUAUCCCAGAUCUUUUAAAAAUGAAUGACAGAAAGCUUGAAUCGUGGUUAGAAAAAACUUGGUUAGCAAAAGACGAAGUGUUGAAAAACAUGCAAGAUUCCGUUAGAUUAUAUUAG